AUGGCAGCCCCCACUGCCGGAGAGAGAGCUGAAAAUGACUCACCUACGAGACCAAGCUCGACAUGUUCGGGUGAUCCGCCUCGAUCGCCUUUGGUAGAAGCAUCCCGAGACCAAAAUUUCGACUCCCCCGCUGAACACACGCAACAUUCUCCUCCGCCGAAUGACCGCCCCAACACGCCACACGAACAGCCACUCUACGGGCCACGGCCGACACGAAUGUCUGACAAUCCCAAAGGAACGUUAGAAAGGAUGUCACGAGAGAAUUACCCGGACAACCCGAGGGCCCAUGAAGUCGAGGCUAUCAACAGAAGCUCGGCACCGGGGCCCAGUACCCGGUGCGGCCCAACUGAUGCUGAACCCACUAAUGCUGCGCCCACCCAACACCCUGGCCCUCCACAAGGCGGUCAAGUUACAGACUUCGGAACAGGCGCCACCAGGCAACCGCUCUUCAUACCCCCAAUGUCGCCAGGUACGUGGCGAAGGGAAAUGGCAUCGCGGACGAGGUCCGCCCCGGCCGACGAUCGACUGGCCGGGCUCCUCUACUCUCGGACAAACACCAUUGAUCAAUCGUUCUUUCCGCCUCCUAUGUCACCGCAUACGUGGCGUAGGGAAGUUGCAUCCAGAUCGAGAAAACCCAAACGACACAAACAGAAGAAGACGUUCUUUCGCCAGCAAUUGGAUGCUUCGUCUGGGGCAGUCGAACCCAUCGAGACUCCUACCGUUGAUCAGAAUGCCAUGUCAGGGUCAAGCACUGCCUCGGACCCCGGCCAGCAAGUCGAAAUAUACGACCCCUCCUGGGCGGCUUCCUCACCGGCAGCGUACAGCGAGACGUUCUUGAUUCUCGUUUCGACUCUGGAAUCGGAUUGGUGGAAAGAGAGGGGCGAUCCCGCUCUUGACAAGUUCAUGAAGGAUAUGGAGCAAGAGAACGCACGCUGGGUGGAGCCGUGGGCUCGGCCCGCUCUUACAUCCCCCUUAAUGACCUCGAGAGUAGAGCACGCUUCCUGGCCGUCGUCGCCUGUUGGCGGGAGACGGAAAGCGAGGAAUCUGCCUUCGACCCAGGAUCCAGCAACACAGGCCCCUGUGCCGCCAUAUAAAUCCGGGGCGCCAGGGAAAUCUGCAGUACCAGCGACGCCAGUGGAGGCAGCGAAGCCUACAAUUCAAGAAGCACAGGCAAAACUGAAACCUCAUUUGGCGAACCGAGAGUCACAGGAACCAGCUUCAGUUCCACCGCCAGCUCCGGAACCGACUCCGGCUUGGCCUUCAGUUUCAGCCCAGCCUUCAGUUCCGUCCCAGCCUUCAGUUUCAGCCCAGCCUUCAGUUCCAGCCCAGCCUUCAGUUCCAGCUCCGGUUUCAACUCCGGCUCCGCCCCCUCCUCCAGCUCCAGCUCCGACUGCAGCUCCCUUUGGAGCGACGCUGUGGAGCCGGGUCGUUGGGAGGGGAGUGGAGGCAGGCGGAACGCCGGCGCGGAAGCAGGGCAGUCCGGCAGCCCUCACCGAUCAGCCAAAGACAGCAUGGCAGCCGCGCCAGGCUGGAUCUUUUGCCAUGGGAGAGUACGAUUUCCCAGCAUCCCUGUCCGAAAAGCCAAAGGGAAAGCAAAAGCAAAAGCCAGCGCAUCAUUCAGAGCAAGAGACCUCUCAGGCAUCAGAGAAAGCCAUGCAACCGUCGUCGGAGAAAGACAAGCCACCGGCGUCAGGGAAGAGGCAACGGUUGCCAGCAAAGGGGCAAUCGUUUUCGGAGAAGACCAAGCAACCGUCGUCAAGGAAGAGGAAACAGUCGGCCAAACAGAAUACGUUCGGCGCCCUGGAGCAGUUCAUUGAGCUUCCCAAGGACGAGCCAGGGAACUCAAAGUUGUCCCAGGAUGUCAAACUGGCGAGUGGCUCGAGGACAAAGAAGAAGGGUCCGGGUGGCAGUUCGGCAACGGACACUGCCCAGGUGACGGAGAAGAAACAGCACAUCAACGAGGCUAUGGGCUCGAAAAAGAAGGCACAGGCUGAAGGACCCGCGGAAUUCCGAGGAAUCCGAGGGGAAGCCCGCAGAGCAGGUUGA